UAUUUCACUUAACUAUACGCAAUCCGACUAAAAAACAUAACGCUCAUUUACAUAAAUGUCUAGUACAAAACAAUCCUUCAAAAACGGAAAUAUUAUCGCAUCAAACUCGCGAAGACAACCGGGAUUUUAUUGAAAGCAGGCAUCCGGUAAUUUCUGUCAGCUAUACACGCUAAUCACCAAACCACAUGGAUGCCCAUUGCCUGAAGCAGGCAUGGGUAUUGGGCGGAUUCGGCUUCGUGUACUGUUGUGUAAGUGCAAUGCGUAACACCGGUUGGUUGGUAAAGUGCGAACUACUGUUCUAUGUUCUCCACCGUCGGCGCACAAGAUCAGAAAAUUGAGGCUCGACCAAUAAGACAGUGAGAGGAGUGAGAAUUAGCGUUGUCAAGUUAGCAGUACUGCUAUAUUUAUUUUAGAGCUCCUGCUGUGCCCCUGCUGGCACGUCAAAUUGACUUCACGUCUGGAUAUUGACUUUCUGGUCAGAAGUUUUUUUAUUUGAAAAACUCCAACACCACGGCAAUCCCAGUUACCUCUUCCCUUUCCUAGUAGUAGUGCAAGUCUACAUUAUAUGCAAGACAUUGUUUUUGUGGUUUACAUAGUGAUUUUGAGUCGUGUAAUGUAUGAAAAACAUUCAGUAUAUUUCAAGUAAAUGUAUAAAUAAGUAUAAUUAUUAUCAUGUCUGUGUUACAUCAAACAGACCCAGAACUCGAGGUGAAAGUUAAGAAAGCGACCGAAAGAAUAUCUGAAAAUAUGCAUAUAGUUGCAAAUGAACCGUCCCUAGCGUUUUAUCGCCUUCAAGAACAUGUGCGCAAAGCCCUACCGCCGAUGGUGGAAAAGCGCGUUGAAGUUACAAAAUUGCAUCAUGAAUUGCAAGGACGCUGUUAUGAUGUUGAAUAUGCAGUGAGUGCUGUGAAAUCAAUGGAAGGAGCCGAGGAAAAUUUUGACAACAUCCAAGAGUUAUUAAAAAAUGCUGUAUUUCUGAAGCAACAAAUAAAAUACGAAGAAGCUCGCAAAAACAAGAAAGAGUCAUCUUCUGUUUACAAACGCUUAUCUGCACAUAUUACGCUUGAUCUCCCCGAUUUGCCAGAACUCUCAGAUGCUCUUCGUGAAACAGCCAACCGAGUGGAGUCAAUGAUGGCCCACGCUCGACAUUCUGCAGGAGCUGAACUUCAGCGCUCACAAACAAUUCACCAUUGAUUUGUGUAGAACACCAUUUGGAUCACAUUUAUUCAAAAUGUAAUGUGGAUUCCUCAAAGGAAGCAGUGAACUGUAGUGAUGUAUAAUGGUACAAAUGUAAAGCAGUUGUAUGGUGAAAAAGUAAAUACUAAUUUUUACAAAGAUAAAUGAUGCAUAUAGCUGUUUAAGACAAUUAUGUUCACUAUUCUGUGAUAUUAGUGGUUAUAUUAUAAGUAUAACCCAUUCUUUUUAUUUAUAACUACCCUAUAAUUGCUGUCUAAUAAUUAAAAUAUGAUAGUGUAUUGAAACAAGUGGCUAUUUUAUAUUUAUCAACCAUUCUAUAUUACUAGUUUCCAAUAACUUUUCCUUUGAUCCCAAAA